AUCAACAAUGGCACACAAGGUCUUCAACGUUCAGGAGUACCCCCACCCGGAGCUUCUUCCUACGUACCCUAAGGUCGACUAUGACCCCCAUGUCGAGCUCAAGGUACAGGAUAAAGGCCUCCUCGCGGAUCCGCAGAUGAAGUCACUCCUAGGCGCAGCGACCAAGGUCGACCGUCUGACACCCGACAUCGGCACCGAGAUCCAAGGUGUCGAUAUCCGCCACUUGACCGAUGCGCAGAAGAACGAGCUCGCACUCCUCGCUGCCCAGCGCGGUGUCGUCGUUUUCCGUGACCAGCCUGCAACGAUUUAUGACAUGGUCGAGCUUGCCAAGUACUUCGGUCCACUACACAUUCAUUCCACCACCGGCAUUCCAAAGGACCCAGCACUGAACGGCGUGCAUAUCGUUUGGAACGACGGGACAAAGCCUUUCGACAGGAUCAACUAUGACAGGGCAAACGGGUGGCACUCUGAUCAGACAUACGAGAUCAACACCCCUGGCCUGACGUCGCUCAAGGUCAUCACUAACCCCGAGUCGGGUGGGGACACCCUCUGGUGCUCCGCCUACGCCGUCCUGUCCAGCUUUUCUCCCCACUUCCAGCGCUACCUCGAGUCGCUCAGCGCUCUCCAUAGCAGCGACAAGCAGAAGGCACAGGCCAUCGAGAAGGGUGUGUAUAUCCGCCGGCCGCAAACAGACUGCAUCCACCCCGUCGUCCGUGUUCACCCAGUCACGGGCAUGAAAGCGCUCUUCGUCAACUCCGGCUACACCCGCCGUAUCGUCGGCGUACCGAAGGCCGAGUCGGACGCCAUCCUCAACUUCCUCUUCGCCCAGAUUGCACAGUGCAACGAGUACCAAGUCCGUGUACGCUGGGGGGACAACACCAUCUGCUUCUGGGACAACCGCUGUGUCUUCCACAGCGCGACGUUCGACUACUUCCCUACGAAGCGCCAUGGGCUUCGCGCAACACCAGUCGGUGAGCGCCCCAUGAGCGUGGAGGAGUACGAGAAGACGACGGGCAAGGCUUCCCUCGAUUGGUACAAGGAGAAGAUGCGCGCGUUGGGUGAAGACGUCGAUGACGAAGAACCCAAAGCUGUCUCCAAGAUUGCCGGUGCAGAUUAGUUUCCGUUCUGUAGAACAUGUAGUCUUC